AACAAAAUUUCAUUCUGAAAUUUGCGAUGCCAUCCAACAUGUUCUCUGUUUCAGAAAUGCCUCAAACAGUGUCCUCAUUGUUCUCUGCCUAUGCCUCUUUAGCAGGAACAAUGAUGCUGUUGAGGUCUAUGGCCAACGACUUCAUACCCAACCAACUUCGCUCUUUAGUUUCCUCACUUUUUUACUAUCUCUUCCCUCCUCUUUCUAAUACCCUCUGUUUAGUCAUUGACCAGCAGAUGGGAAUGUCUCCAAAUCAAGUCUAUGACGCUGCUGAAAUCUACCUACGUACCAAGAUCAGUCCUAAAACUGAACGUCUUAUAGUCGGAAAAUCCACCAGACAAAACCACUUCACUGUUUCAAUAGACAAAGGCGAAGAAGUCUCUGACUGUUUUGAGAAUUUUCAACUCAAGUGGCAAUUCAUUUGCACCCAACCUGAAAAUAAUAGUUAUUCAAGCGAAAAGAGACAUUUUGAACUGACAUUUAACAAGAAACAUAAAGAGACAGUGAUGAAUCGUUACUUGCCUUAUGUUUUGGAGAAAGCAGACGAGAUAAAACAGGAAGAAAGAGUGGUGAAGCUUUACAAUCGCGACUGUCCGUAUGAUGAUGAGGAUGGAGGGGGUUGUGGCAUGUGGGGUUCCAUCAACCUUGAACAUCCCUCUACUUUUGAUACAUUGGCAUUGGAGCCGGAAUUGAAGAAGAUGAUUAUUGAUGAUUUAGAUAGGUUUCUGAGGAGAAAAGAGUUUUAUAAUAAAGUUGGCAAGGCCUGGAAACGUGGGUAUUUGCUGUAUGGUCCUCCUGGCACUGGUAAAUCCAGUUUGAUUGCCGCCAUGGCUAAUUACCUGAGGUUUGAUGUAUAUGAUAUAGAGCUUACAAGUAUAUAUUCCAAUUCUGACUUGAGGAGAAUUUUGUUGUCCACCACGAAUCGUUCUAUAUGGGUGAUUGAGGAUAUAGAUUGCAGUGCUGAGGCGCAAGACAGACAAAAUGGUGACGGCUAUGAAGAUUCAAAGUUGACACUGUCUGGGAUACUCAACUUCAUUGAUGGUUUAUGGUCGUGUUGUGGUGAUGAGCGAAUCAUAGUGUUCACAACCAAUCAUAAAGAUCGGCUUGAUCCUGCUUUGUUGCGACCUGGUCGAAUGGAUGUACACAUCCACCUGUCUUAUUGCACUGUAAAUGGGUUUAAGCUCUUGGCUUCUAAUUAUCUCGGCAUUCAGGACUCAUCUCACCCACUAUUUGGAGAAAUUGAAGACCUUAUUCAGAGUAUAGAGGUCACCCCAGCACAAGUAGCAGAGGAACUAAUGAGGAAUGAUGAUGCUGAUGCUGCUCUUCAAGGACUUGUUAAUUUUCUUAAACGUAAAAAUGAAAUCAAGAAUAUUGAGGUGAGGGGUGAAAAGACUAAUGAAAUUGAACUUGAAACCAAGCAGUCGAUAGCCGAUGUUGACCACCAAAAAUCUGUAAGAAACAAGAGAAGAAGGAAAAGAAGAAAUAGCCGGCGAUCAGCCACCAAGUGUAAUUGAAUCAUGUAUCAAAUAAUAUGAAGCAAUGUAUAGGAAAAGAAGAAAUAGCCGGCGACCAGCCAGCAAGUCUAAUUGAAUUAUGUAUCAAAUAAUAUGAAA